GUCUGAUUCCUGGUGAUUUUGGAAUUGUUGAGGAAUGUCGUUUGCAUCAUUUUGCUGACGCUUCACAAGAUGCCUAUGGCUCCGUUUCUUUUGCCCGCUUUGUCAACACUGACGGUGAUAUUCACUGCAGCUUUCUGAUUGGCAAAUCACGACUCGCUCCGUUGAAGACCAUGACUAUCCCUAGACUAGAGCUAUCUGCUGCCGUUAUUGCAGUGAAGAUGGACCAGAUGCUCAGAAGAGAACUAAGGGUUCAGGUGAAAGGGUCAACGUUCUGGACAGACAGUACGGUGGUACUCCAGUACAUAAGUAACCAAUCAAAGCGUCUCCAAACAUUUGUUGCAAACAGAGUUGCCACAAUUCAUGAUGGAUCUACCGCCAGUCAGUGGAGAUAUGUCAAUACACAGCAGAAUCCUGCUGACGAUGCAUCUAGGGGGCUCGAUGCCCAGAGUAUGCUUGACAAGAUAAGAUGGAGAAAGGGUCCUGAUUUCUUGUGGCAGACUGAGGACAGUUGGCCUGUGACUCCACAAAUUCCUAGUCUGCAGGAAAAGGACAAGGAAGUGAGAAAGAUAGCACUGUCCCGAGCCAUAGAUGUCGUUGAUCAGGAUGACCCCAUUCACAGGUUGAUCAGCAGAUACUCGUCUUUGUAUCGACUCAAAAGGGCGGUCGCAUGGGUGCUCAGCUUCAUAAAGUGGCUGCGACUCCAUAGGCCCAGGAACCUGGAUAAUGAAGAUAAGGGAAACCAGAGGUUGACUGUGGGUGAACUGCAAGAUGCAGAGCUGGCCAUAAUCAGGAGCGUUCAGAGAAGGCACUACAAGAAGGAGUUCCGUGAUUUGUUGGCGGGAAAGACUUCGGUGCAGAGACAGAGUCAUGUGUAUAGUCUCGAACCGUGCGUAGAUGACCAUGGUGUAUUGAGGCUUGGUGGUAGACUGCGACACUCUCCAGUCGGGCCCACUUGCAAGCGUCCAGUGAUACUACCUCGUGAUAGUCAUCUGGCCACUUUGAUAGUUCGUCAUGCACAUGAAUUGCUAUCUGGCCAUUCGGGCAAAGAGCAUGUGCUCUCUGUGAUAAGACGACAAUAUUGGGUUCCCAAGGUGCGACCUUUGAUCAACCGCAUUUUGAAGGAGUGCGUGCUCUGUAGAAAACUUCGGGGACUGCCUGGCAUUCAACGUAUGGCCGAUCUACCUGCCUACAGAGUGACUCCAGGCAAACCACCGUUCACCCACGUUGGGGUUGAUUGCUUCGGACCGUUUCAUGUCAAACGAGGGAGGAGCAGGGAAAAGCGAUAUGGCUGUAUUUUCACCUGUAUGCGAAUCAGAGCAGUCCACCUGGAGAAGCUACACUCUCUAGAAACUGAUUCAUUCCUCAAUGCCUUCCUAAGGUUUGCGGCAAGGCGAGGAACCCCGGAGAAAAUCUAUUCCGACAACGGGACCAACUUUGUUGGAGCAGAAAGGGAGCUAAGGGCAGCUAUCGAGCGUCUACAGGAAAGCAAACAGGCGGAGGGUUUCUUUCUCAGCAGAAAGGUCGAAUGGCAGUUUAACCCGCCAGCGGCCUCCCACAUGGGAGGCGUUUGGGAGCGCCAGAUUCGUACCUGCCGGAAAGUUCUGAGUUCACUUCUGCAUGAUGAGGUGCUUGAUGACGAGAGACUCGACACAUUGUUCUGCGAAGUGGAGUCUAUCGUAAAUGACCGACCCAUCACAGCAGUCUCCGACGAUCCGAAAGAUCUCGAACCCCUUACUCCCAAUCAUCUGUUGAAGCUUGGACAUGGGCAUCCAGUUCCACUCCGUGACUUGAAAGCAACUGACCAGUAUGGGAAGCGAUGGAAACACGUACAGUUGCUGGUUGAAAGGUUCUGGAAGCGUUGGACUGCAGAGUAUCUUCCCACGCUUCAACGCAGACAACGUUGGCUUGAGCCACAAGCCAAUUUCAAGGCUGGUGACCUGGUGUUGGUCAAGGAUGACAAUCUGCCCAGAAGUCAGUGGCCUCUAGCGAGGAUUUUGAAGACCUUCCCUGGAGCCGAUGGUCUGGUUAGGAGUGUGGAAGUACGGACAGCCACUGGAAAUCAUGUCAGGCCAAUCACCAAACUGUGUCUGUUAGAAGGUGUUAAAGACUAGAAGCAUCUCCUUACCCAAUUGGACCAAGUUCUUAGUUAUAAGGCAACACGUUUAGGUUCCAGUUUAAAGUUUAAUCGUUUUAUAAGGUUUACUGUUAAGCUUGGUUACUUGUUGUGAUUGUAAAUGUUCGUUGAUUACUCUUACAUUUAAGGGGCCGGAAUGUAACACAUGCUUUCCGUAAGGAUUAUUUAGACAUACAUUUUAUCAUGUUGCACCGAAAUGUCUUUCGUGGAGGUCAAUAAUCUGUGUAUCACCCAUGAGGUCUUAGUCUGGUUUAUGUUGUGCAUAUACAAAAUUUCAUGCUAUAGAGUCAAGACACAGACAUAUGCUAGUGUGCACAUUGUUUCAUGUGGGCUUUCUGCAUCAAUUCACCGUUCAUGGGGAAAGAUAAUCUGCCCAACUUCCUUGUUUAAUUAAUAACUAUCAGUUUGACCUGACGUCUUUUCUGUUAGUUUGCUGUAGUUGACCUGUGCUCAACAAAGUCAUUAAACCUAGUUAUAUUCCACAAGUCCAUUUGUGUGGAAAGCGUCAAUGACCUCAAGAGAGUGCAAGGGUUUAUGCAAACAAGGCAGCAGAAUUGCGU